UUGGUUAAUCUGUCUUUCAUCUUUUGCAGCAUCCUGAUCUCGGAGCGGACGCGCAACGCAACAGAAAUCGCAGGCACUCACAGAAAACGCAUAUUGUCCACAUCCCGCUCCCUUAAACGCUGAACGCCAAACAUACUUCAUCUCUGUCGAUUAGCUUCCAGGUCGCCGGGUGCCCGAGAGUGCCAUGUUCCGCGGCGGCCGGCGAGGAUCCGAGCGCCCGUCAGAAGCAGCCCGCCGCGCGCCAGGUGCCACUCGUGCCAGGCGCCACUCGUGCCAGGCGCAGCUGAACUUCGUGUCUCAGAAUCGGAUUAAAAGACACUAAUCUUGUCCGUGGACAUCGACGCGACAAGAGUUAGAGAAAAAAGAUAAAUCAAGUCUCAGGUCCCCGGGUUUCUGAAAUAAUUUAAGAAAAAAUAGAACAGACGCUCACACGCACGGCUGUCCAUCCUCGGACUCGAGACUCAUGCUGAGGUCGUCCUCCAUGAUGGUCUCGGCCUCGAGGUCCAGCGCGCCCCCUCGCUCCCCCUCCAUGAACCAUACGAGGAAACAAUCGCGCGACCGAGGCAGACGGGCCAGCGGGGGCGCGCCCCCCCGCAGAGGCCGCGGCCGCCUACUCAGCCUCUUCCACCGCCGCCUCCACCCACAACACCACCUCAUCCACCUCCACUGCCGUCACCACCUGCGGAUCCGCUACCUGCGCCUCAGCCGCACAUGCAGGCACAACGGCCGCCGCCACCGCGACCGGCGGUGGCGGCGGCGGCGGCGGCUGCGGCCAGCAGGAGCCAGGCCAGUUCGCCGUCGCCCUUCGCCUCCAACGCGCCCUCCCACCCUCCUCCGCGCACCUCCUCCUCCUCCUCCAACGCCUCGGCCUCCACCGCCUCCUCCUCCUCCUCCAGUUCUCGCACGCCCUCCAACACCACCAACCACCGCGGCUCCAUCACGCCCACCACCACCCACCUCUCCGCCUUCACGCCCAUCUCGGCCCACAAAAAGACGUCGGCGCCCGCUGAGACCAGGCUGGUCGUGCUCGGCUCGCCCGCCGUCGGGAAGUCAGCCUUGGUAGUACGACUCCUAACAGGUCGCUUUAUCUGGGAAUACGACCCCACGCUGGAGGCCGGCCGCGAUCUCAGACUCUGCCUUGUCUUGCCUUGCCUCCUGGUCUGUCUCUAG